AGCAGGAAUUUGUUGACGGUCCCUGAAGUUUCUGAUGAAAUCUCCCAGCGGUGCGACGCAGCGACUCACGGAAACAGCUCGGCGGGUAAAGAAGCUCUUUAUUAGGACGAACCGGAGCAGUAUUAGCACCGGGAGCAGAUUAAAGACCAUCUAAAGUGUUGAAAUAAGCCGAGAAACCGUGUUUCAACGUCAAAUAUUUUGAAUCUUUCCCGGUUAUCGAGGCGCUAAGCUAGUUAGCUUCUCGUGCUAAGCUAACCCUGCUAGCACCGUCAGACUCUCGCCGACCACAAACCGAACACAAACCCUCUAAAAAUGGCUCUCCUGUCGUCUCCACACCGGGACAUACCCUCCAUUUUUCCCCAGGCCGGCUCCACCGAGUUCACCACCAGAAAGAAGUCCAACCACCGCUCCGCCAGCAGCCCCGCGGGGUCCGCCCGGCACCUGGACGCUCCUCUCCGGGCUCCCUCCGCCCGCGGCGGUCCGUGUGUGUAGAGACAAUGUUUACUCCGAAAAACAUGUAUUAAUGGACAGAGACACGUAUUAUUGGAUUAAAAACACGUAAUAUUGGAUUAAAAACACGUAUUAAUGGAUGAAAACUGUGACUUUGGUGUAGUGGAGCUUCAGUCUGACAGCUGUCAUUGAGGCAGCAGGACCGGGUCUGGCUCUCUGGUUCUGGAUCUCAGGUCAUCUCAUUAUUGUCACAUUAUUUGUAUUUUGCACUUUGGAGUUGAACAAAAUGUUCAGUAGUUUGAGCGGGGAGGGGUCGUCCUCUCCGGCCGGCCGCGGGGCCUCCUCCCCCGGGCUGGCCGGGCAGGAAAGCUCGUGGAUCGGGCUGCUGCCCAGGCCCGGCCUGUCCUUCCUGCAGCGGUACCUCCCAGUCCGGCUCCGCGCCGCCGCGGCCAGGACCGACACCGGAUGGGGGUUCAAAACCAGCUUUGUGGACGAGGAGCGGGAGUUUUUAAGGCAGCUGGACGACAUGAUGCCGCUCCAGCAGAACCCGGCUCCUCAGCUGGCCUACCUGCGGUGUGAGCCGGACGGGGCCGCCGGUGGGUCACCGUGGCUCACUGCCCAGUCUCUGCGGGACAUGGAGCUGAACCUGUGCCAGCAGACCCGGGUCGGGUAUCUGUCUUCAGUCAGGACUUUCUUCAGUCAUGUUCUGUUGAGCGCGGUGUCUUCUCAGCCCGCUGCGGGGCCGGACUGGGACCCUGCGGGGCCCUCGGUGCAUGGCAGCGGGGGCAAGGCCCGGCCGUGGUGGGGCAGCUUCUGGGGGGGCGAGGAGAGCUCACAGAGGGGGCUGUUGUCCUUCCUGUCCUGGGCUGAGGAGGACUCCAUCACAGCCCGGCUUUGUCCACAGCAACCUGGAACAAAAGCCCCUGAAACAACCGCGGCGUUUGGCGGCAGGAGGUGGACGCUGGAACACACUGGACCCGCUGACCACAAAGAGGAGCCGGCCAACAAAGGAGGCCUUCAUACAGUCCAGAAAACAGAGGGGUCCACGGCAGACCCCCGGCUCAAUGAGAUGGCUCUGCUGACCCCGGACCAGGACAAUGGCUACUCCAGCCUGGAGGAGGAACACUUCCAGCUGAAAGCUCCGAACCAAGACCAGCCGCCACAGGAGGCGGAGUCAGCUGAACCCGCCGCUGCUGAGACGCCAGAGAUGGAGGAAGAGGAGGGAGAUUCUCAGUCGGAUGAAGAGGGACCGGAAGUGGGCCCGUCCGCCGAGGUCACCACCCCUCAGUGCCAGAACAGGGCCAUCGCCUUCAUCAUGGGCUGCCCCUGCAGUGACGACAGCAGCCAGUCAGAGUCCAGCGACGACGAUGAUGAUGAUGAUGAUGAUGGCUUUGACAGCGAGGGUUCGUCUGAUCUGACCGAGUCCAGUGAUGAAGAUGAUGGGGCGUCAGACGGCGAAGCGGACUCGGAGGCGGAUCGUCUGUGGAACUCUCUGUGUCAUAGUGGCGACCCAUACAACCCCCGAAACUUCACGGCCCGGCUGAACAGUGCCGCCUCGCCGCCCAGGAGCAUCCCUGCCUCCACGCCGCCGUCCUCCACUGGCUCCAGCCCCGCCUCCUCCCCAGACCUCACCCUGCUCCCCCUCGCUGCCUCGCUCCACCUCGUCUCUUCCUCGCCGCCGUCCAGCAGCGAGACGUGGGACGACUCCACCUCGGCCAGUGAGGCGGACGAAGCGGAGAGCCUCCGCCUGUGGAGCUCCUUCAGCUGCUCCUCGGACCCCUACAGCCCCUUUAACUUCCAGGCACCACUCAGGUCUCAGGAGCCCGCUGAGGUGCCGCCACAGACCAGGACCAGGAAAAGCCCUCGCUCCCCACGCCAUGACCCGGCUUCUCCACCUGAGUACAGGAAGGAGGAGGCGGAGGAGCGGUUGGACAGCGGCUUCUCUGAACCCUCCACCUCCUCGUCCUCCACACAGAGCUGCUGCAAGAAGGUGCGUUUCUGUGAUGAAGUGGAGGAGUUCUUCACCAGUGGAGGUGAGGAGGAGGAGGACCGGCGUGGUCCGUGGGAGGAGCUCGCUCGGGACCGCUGCCGCUUCCUGCGGCGAGUCCAGGAGACGGAGCAGAGCAUUAGCUACGUCCUUACGCCUCAGCACCGCCGCCGUGUGGCCCGCCGCCUCGCCGCCAGGACACGGGUCCUGGAACCCUGAAGACACAGUCCUCUCCGAGUCCUGAAGAAGACAGUCUGUCCUCUCUGAGUCCUGGACGCCUGAAGACAGUCUGUCCUCUAGGGAACAGGUCGGAAGGGGACCUGGUGGUUCUGAGACACUUGUUGAGCAGUGAGACACGGGGGACAGGGGGACGGACGGUUUGUCCCUCUGACUGCAGGUCUGAAGGGCUUCACUAUGUUGUAGUUGGACAGCGUCCUCUUGUUGUCUCUGGGGACAGACAGAAGUGUCCUCAUGUCCUCUGACAGACUCGAGCUGCUGCUUCACAGGAAACAAACACUAGAAAAUAUUAUUUACAUUAUUAAUUAAUCCAAUCAAUUUAUCAUCACACACAAAAAGUUCCAGAGAACACACACACACACACACACACACACACACACACACACACACAGUCCUGGGAUGGAUCGUUUGUUUUAUUUCUUCAUAAAGUCUGAAAAUGAUGAAUGAUGAUUUAUUAAUGAUGAAUGUGACUUUCUUCAGAUCAAAGUCUCAUAAUAAACAGAUUAUAGACACAGAUCAAUAUAUAUAUUUAUAAUAUUUCUCCAGCAGACUCCAUUCACAGAAACACUGAUUCUAGACAGAAUGUUCCAUUAAAACAUUCGGAUUCAGAUUUUAGAGUUUUCUAUUGAAGGUUUGAUGUCAGUGUGAAGCAGCAGCAGCUCGUUCAGGAAUCAGCUGUUCACUCUUUGUUUUCUCUUAAAGCCAAAGAUCUGAAGCGCCAGUGUUCAACACCAGGAUCUGAUCAACUAAUCACUGAUAAUCAAUACAGUCUUCUGCUCUAAUCAUUAUUAUUGUUAUUAUUAUUAAUGAACCAGCUGACAGAUAUAAAAACUGCUUCAGUUUUAAUACAUGAUUGUUAUGAUUUUAAUUCCCUCCUGAGACUCUGAAUAUCGCCCCCAGUAUUGAUUAUUGAUGAGAUAUUAUUCAAACAGAUUCACUUCCUGCAGUGUUUUGUUUAACAGAACAUUUUAAAAACUAGUUUAUAAAUAAAAAGUCUGGCCGGUUUAAAACCAUUAAAGCUUUAUAGCGAUAUUUUCUGGAUCAAUAAUUCAUUGUUUGGUUUGAAAUGUUUGUCAUAAUUUCCAGUUUGUUCCAGUUUUAUUUUUUAUUUUCCUGCUCAGAGAAAAUCUGCUCUCAGGUUAAAUUUUAAGCUUUUUGCUGGAUAAAUCAAUAAAUAAUUGUUUGAUCUCACAGCUGGAACUCAUUUUAAACCCUCACAGGAUUUUUAAAAAUCUGUAUUAAUUACCAGAAUCAAUAUUAAACUGUUUCAGAGCAGAAAAACUACACAAGCUUUUACUUUGAAGCCACAGUCUGACAAUAAUUAUAAUUAUCUGAUAUUAUUUACGUUCAGAAUCAGAGUAUUUUAACUGUCAAACAUUAAACAUAUUUCAGAUGAUCAGUGACCAGAUAUUAAUAUUAAUUCAUCAUGUAAACAGCUGAGGAGGAAUGUUGGUAUUUUCAGAAUAAGAGCAUAAAGUGGGAUGUUGUGUGAAUGUGAACUGUGUGUGUGUGUGUGUGAGAGAGAGAGAGUGCGUGGUUUAUGUUUCUGUGGUUGUGACUAAUAAUAAUUAAUAAUCGGAGUAAAUUUGAAGCGACAGGAUGAAAAAAGAAGCUUUUUAUUUUUCUAACGCAUCGUUUGUUUGGUGGGUACUGGUUCUGCUUCUGCUUCGUCACAGCUGAAUAUUAAAUAUUAAAUCAAUAUUUAAUGA